AUGGCUCAAAGUGACUUCCUUUACCCAGAGAACCCGAGGAGGCGGCAGGAAGUAAACCGUCUUCACCAGCAGCUCCUCGACUGCUUAUCUGACAGUUUCCAUGCCACCAAUAAGCUGACUGGGGUCCUGAACAUGCACUUGGGGUGCAGCCUGGCCUCCAUUGAGAUGAAAAGAGAUGGGACCAUCAAAGAAAACUGUGAUAUCAUCAUCCAAGCCAUAAUGAAAAUCCAGAAGGAAUUGCAAAAGGUUGAUGAAGCACUAAAAGAUAAACUGGAACCAACCCUUUAUCGAAAACUUCAGGAUAUUAAAGAAAGGGAAACAGAGAAAAUUGCAAUAGUACAAAAGGUUAUUUCCAUAAUCCUGGGAGAAGCUACAUCUGCAGCCAGUGCAGUGGCUGUUAAACUUGUGGGCUCAAAUGUCACAGCUGGCAUAAUCAACAAGUUGGUUACCGUGUUAGCUCAAAUUGGUGCUUCUCUCCUUGGUAGUAUUGGAGUUGCUGUUCUUGGCCUUGGCAUAGACAUGAUCUUCCGUGCCAUCCUGGGGGCAGUAGAGAAAACACAGCUUGAAGCAGCCAUCAAAAGUUAUGAGAAGCAUCUGGUGGAGUUCAAGUCAGCCUCAGAGAAAUAUCACGAUGCCAUUACCGAGGUCACCAAUACAGUGAAACGCCAAACGAAAUGA